AGAACAUUCUAGUAGAAAACAAAUUCAUGUUUAGAAGAUGCAAGUAGAUGAUGUUUUAUCCUGAAUCUUGACUAUUGUCUUUGUCAUUCACCUAACCUUGAGAAAAUAUCAUCACUUCAAAUUUUCAGAUCACAAAAAAAAAAAAAAUCUUCAAAUCUUGAAUCGUGGAAACCAUAAUUAACGUAAAUGGAGGAGAUGACGGAACCGGAGAGGGUAGCAGGAGGAGGAGUGGCUUUGAGUUUCACGGUUAACGAUGACGAAGCGAUGUUAAAUUCUCCAAAGGUUCUUCCUCCAAGAUUAGGAAGACGUUUGCUUGGAGAGCCCAAAACACCACCCUCCGUCGAAGAAAUCGAAGCUAAGCUCCGUGAAGCCAAUCUCCGUCGCCAGCGAUAUCAUGAAUUGUUGUCGAGUAAAGCACGGUCGUCAACUUCAAAAAGCGGUUUAAGGGAUUGUUUACAAGCAGAGGAGGAUCUGGGGCAGAAAAUUAAAGCAAGGCUCAAUGCUGCUCAACAGAAAAGGCUAAGCAUUCUUACUGAGGCUCAGAUGCGCCUGGCAAGGUUAGAUGAGCACCGGCAAGAAGCUAAAAGUGGACUAGAAAUGCGUUUUGAGAAGGAGCGGGGUGAGCUUGGCAUGAAGGUUGAGUCACGGGUUCAGCAAGCACAAGCAAACCGGAUGCUUCUUCUUAAAGCUUAUGGACAAAGGAGAGCAGCAAGGAGAGAGCGAGCUGCUCAGUCAUUGAUGCAAAAAAUGACCCAAGAGAUCAAGUACAAAGAGAGUGUUCGUGCUGCAAUUUACCAAAAACGUGCUGCUGCUGAGAGAAAACGGCUGGGAUUGUUGGAAGCAGAAAGGACAAAGGCCCAUUCAAGGAUAUUGCAAGUUCAGCGGGUAGCUACGUCCAUCUAUAGUCAACGGGAGAUUGAGAGAAAACGGAUAAAGGACCAGUUGGAAUAUAAGCUCCAGAAGGCUAAGAAACAAAGGGCAGAAUAUUUGAGGCAAAGAAGAAACCUGAAUAGCCAAGCACAUUUCAACUCAAAAACGAUGCAUGAGCAAGGGGAAUAUCUUUCAAGAAAGUUAACAAGGUGCUGGAGGCGGUUUGUAAAAUUGAGGAAAACUACUCUCUCUUUGGCAAAAGCUUAUAUGUCGUUACAAAUUAACCAAGAAUCGGUUAAAUCAAUGCCAUUUGUGCAGCUUGCUCUCUGUAUUGAGUCAGCAACAACCAUUCAAAUUGUGAAAGCCUUUGUCAACCGGCUAGAGAGUCGCAUCACACUCUCACAGGAAGUUACAGGUAACCUAUCUAGUCUUUCCAAAAUUGAUCACCUUCUAAAGUACGCUGCUUUACCAAGUCGUAAGGGCCCUUCAAGCAAUGCUACAAGAAGAGGAGCAAAAAUGAUUAAGUCUAGUAAACUAUCAAGGUACCCUGUCAGAGUUUUGCUGUGUGCUUACAUGAUAAUGGGACACCCAGCUGAGGUUUUCAGUGGAGUGGGUGAGUGUGAGAUUGUGCUGGCUGACUCUGCAGCCAACUUUAUUCAAGAGUUUGAGUUGUUGGUCAAAAUUAUAAUAGACGGCCCCAUUAAAACGUCACAGGAAAUAGCCUCUGCAAAUCCAAGUCAAAAGACUUUCAGAUCUCAGCUGGAAGCCUUUGAUAAAGCUUGGUGCAUUUACCUGCAUCACUUUGUAGCAUGGAAGUCUAAGGAUGCGAAGUUGUUAGAGAAGGAUUUAGUGAGAGCUGCUUGCCAGCUUGAGCUCUCUCUGUUGCAAACCUGCCAGCUGACUUCCAGAAAUGAUGGUGGUCUUACUCGUGAUAUGUAUGGUAUUAAAAAACAGGUUUUAGAAGAGCAGAAACUUCUCAGGGAAACAGUACAGCAUCUGAGUGGCAAUGGUGGGCUGGAACAUAUGGAACAUGCUCUCUCUGAUGUGCGGUCUAGAUUUGUUGAAGCUGAGAAAUCUGGGACUUCAAUGGCAUCUUUUACUUCAGAUAUUUUAUCUUCCUUUUCACGCAAUUCCCUUGAGGGCUCUUCAAUUUCUGGCUUUGGUGAGACGCGUGAUCUGGCUGAAUGUAUUGGAAACUCAAGCCACCAAAUUCUCUCCUUAUCUCAGGCAGAUGAUUCUUCCCCGGUCAAAGAACUUGAUCCUUCACCUUCUAAAAAAACCAUAAAUAGCAUUGUGCACUCUGACUCCAUGUUGGCCAAUGAGAAUGAAUUACUAGUAAAUGAAAUUCUCCAUGAACAUCAUCGUGGUUUUGAUGAUAGUUUUAAUGUUACUGAUGAAGAUCAGAAUAGCCUCAAGGCAAAAGUAAGAGAGACUAUGGAAAAAGCUUUCUGGGAUGGAAUCACAGAAUCCAUGCAACAGGAUGAGCCUGAUUUAAGUUGGGUUCUUAAACUCAUGAAGGAAGUCAGGGAUGAGCUCUGUGAGAUGUCUCCUCAGAGUUGGAGAGAGGAGAUUGUUGAGACUAUUGAUGUUGAUAUUCUUUCCCAGGUGCUCAAAUCAGGAACUUUAGAUAUGGAUUAUCUUGGGAGGAUUCUAGAGUUUGCACUAGUCACGUUGCAGAAACUUUCUGCUCCUGCAAAUGAUGAGGAGAUCAAGACCUCUCACGAUAAUUUACUGAAAGAACUAAGAGAGAUAUCUCAAGCUGCGGAUAUAUCAAAUGCUUCAUUUUCCCUCGUAAUGAUUAAAGGUCUGCGCUUUAUCCUGAAGGAGAUUCAGAUUCUGAAGACUGAGAUUAGUAGAGCACGCAUUAGACUUGUGGAACCACUCAUCAAAGGACCUGCUGGUUUGGAAUAUCUGAAAAAAGCUUUCACUGACCGAUAUGGUUCUCCUGCUGAUGCUACAUCCUUGCUACCUUUGACGAGGAAAUGGAUGGCAUCUGUGCAUGCAGGUGCUGAACAGGAGUGGGAAGAGUACGUAGAUUCUGUAUCUGCUACAACAAGUGAUACCCAAUUGUCUAUUCCAACAGCACUUAGGACUGGAGGCAGUGUUUUAACAACAUCAAAAAUUGGACCUCCAGCUUCCACAACAGGUCUUGAACAGCCAGGAUGCACGGGAGAAAAGGCUGACUUGUUGAUUAGGCUUGGCUUGAUGAAGCUUGUGAUCGGAGUAGGAGGGCUGACUCUUGAAGCUCUGCCCGAAACUCUCAAACUUAAUCUAUCCAGGCUAAGACGUGUCCAAUCACAACUUCAGAAAAUCAUUACCAUCUCUACAAGUGCAUUGGUCCUGAGGCAAACCCUUCUGACAGAGAACUUGGUAACUAGUUCUGUGGACAUGGAGAAUGUAGUAUCUGAGUGUGCGAAGAAGCUUUCUGAGCUAUUAGACAGCGUGGAAGAUGUGGGUAUUUUGGAAAUUGUUGAUACAAUUAGUGCGGUGUCAAAAAGCAGUGGCCAUGAUUCAAAUGAUGAAAAGCUCCGAGCGAGGAAGGAGGUUAUGUCAAACAUGUUGGUGAAAAGCUUGCAAGCCGGGGAUGCUAUAUUUGAGCUUGUGUCUCGCACUAUUUUUCUGGCUAUGAAGGGGGCUGUGUUGGGAGGAAGUGGAUCUAAAGGAAGGGAAUUGGUGGAGACAGCUCUUCGGCGAGUGGGAGCAACUCUUCUUUCAAAUAGGGUAAUGGAGGCUGCUGAAGUUCUUGUUGUGGUGGCAAUGGUUUCAUUGAGCGUUCAUGGCGAAUGGUAUGAAGAAUUGAUCAAGAAUCUGUAACAUGCUCAUAUAAUGUGCUUGUAGAUUGCAUAUUAUCGAAUAUCCUUUGCAUUACAUAUCUGUGUCAGUGAAUGUGUUUGUAUAUCUUGUAUUAUAUAUUGAUGGCUGGUGAUGUUCACUUGUGGUAGACAAGUAGUAGAACGAACACCAACACCGAUCCUACUUUGUGGAUUGGGAAUAUAAGUUGUGACAAUACGUGCAUAAUUUAUGUUUUUUAAACA